AUGUCGGAAAUUAAUGAGAUUUUGGCCGCUACGGGUCAAAUAAAUGACAGUUCUGCUUUAAAUGAGAGUCACAACAACGAAUCAGGGCUGGAUCCUAACACUGAAUUUGACGAGCCACACGUUGGUCGACAUGGAACAAUGGCUCUAAUUCUUCUAGGUGCCCUAUUAGGUUUUCAAUUAGUGAUUCUUUACUGGAAACAACGACAUUAUCGCUCCUUCCAGCUGGUUACGUUGGUUGGCUUAUGGUUGAUACCAAUGUAUAUUUUUGGAAUUCAAGCUCAUUUUUGGAGAUUUUUGACGAUUUGGGUUUUAUAUUCAAUAGUCAAUUCAUGUAUUUUAUAUUUGGCAUCUAGAAAACCUCUAGAUCACAAAACACCAAGAUUAGUUUACAAAUGGUUUUCUAUUGUUUACAAAGUGUCAUAUGCUGUGGGAAUCACUGGAUAUUCGAUAAUUAUGUUCACAUUUUUCGGAAUAAUCCAGUUAUUUUAUACGGGGCCUGAAGUUAUAGAACUUGGAGUCUUACUUUUAUGCUACGGAUUAUAUUUUGGUGUUUUAAGUAGAGAUUUUGUUGAAAUAUGUACGGACAGAAUGGCGUCUACUCUUGGAUAUUAUAACAAAGAUGGAUUUCCACGAAAACACCUUAGAGCAAAUAUAUGUGCGAUAUGUGGUGUAGCUGCAAAUGGAACAAAUGAAGCAGGAGAACAACAGAAUGUUUUUCAACUGGCAUGUCGACAUGUUUUUCAUAAUGAUUGUAUACGUGGGUGGUGUUUAAUAGGCAAAAAAGAUAUUUGCCCAUAUUGUAAAGAAAAAGUUGAUAUGAAAGAAUUCAAAACAAACCCAUGGGAUACACAACAACAACUAUACCUAAGUCUUCUUGAUGGCGUUCGUUAUUUGAUAGUAUGGCAACCUGUAAUUUUCGCAUUUGUAGAAUUAGCUUACCAUUUAAUUGGAUUGGAAUAG